AUGAAAUUUAUUUUAAUAUUAGUCUUCACAUUCGGCCUGAAUGCCUUAAUGCUGAGAAGUGUGAAUGAAAAAUUAACAGAGCAUGUAAUACAGUAAAUACGUGAAUAAGUGAAGAAUCCAUUGAGCCAAAAUUACCACUCAGCAUAUGAUAGAUUGGCUUAUUAUGUUGAUACCUUUGGUCCUAGAUUAUGGGGAUCAGAGAAUAUGGCAGACGCAGUUGACGCACUCUAUAAGGAUAUUCAGACAAUGGGAUUUGACAGAACUUGGAAAGAAAAUCUAGGAGAGAUUACAUCAUGGAGGAGAGGAGAAGAAAGUGUUACAUUGUUUGAUCCGAGAGAAAUACCUCAGAAAUUGAAUAUGAUUGGAUUGGGAUGGACUCCUGCUGGAAGUGUAAAGGCUGAAGUGGAAGUGGUUCAUUCAUUUGAGGAAUUGAAAUCGAAGGAUGUGAAAGGAAAGAUUGUAUGUUACAAUUUUGAAUGGAAUGGAUAUGAUUCUGGUGUGGCAUUCAGAUAUGCAGGACCUGUAGAGGCAGAAAAGGCAGGAGCUAUUGGUACAAUGAUCAGAAGUGUGGCAAGUGUAUCAAUUGCAUCACCACAUACAGGAAUGACGGAUUAUGACAAUAUCAAAUAUCCAGCAGUUGCAAUUACUGUUGAGGAUGCAGAUAUGCUAGACAGGAUGAGAUAAAGAGGCUAAACGGUAGUAGUGGAGAUCAAAACAGAAGGAUAGUAAUAUAAAACAACAAGCGAUAAUGUCAUUGCAGAAAUCAAAGGAUCUAAAUAUCCAGACGAGAUCUUGUUAAUGGGUGGUCAUUGGGAUUCAUGGGAUGUUGGAUCAUAAACAGGAGCCAAUGAUGAUGGUGGUGGUGUUAUUGUCUGUUUAGAGACAUUAAGAGUCUUAAAUUCAUUGGGAAUUAGACCAAAGAGAACAUUAAGGUUCAUUGCUUGGAGUGGUGAAGAGAUGGGCUAGUACAACAAUGGAGCAGUUCAUUAUGCUCGUAAUCAUGGCAAAGAAAAUCAUAUAAUUGCUUUCGAAUCUGAUUUAGGAUCAACCAAACCAUAUGGAUUUGGUAUAACAGCUGGAUAGCAAUUUACAUAAUUGGUAACAUAUUUGGCUUAAGAAUAUUUAACUGGUAUUGGAGCAGAACGCAUCUUUCCAAAUGAUGGAGAAGCUGUAGAUAGUGGAAUUUUAGCUGAAUUCACUGGAACUCCUAUGUUGAAUAAUCGAAUUGCUGACAACAAAAAUCAUGAUUACUAUUUCACUUAUCAUCACACUGCCGGUGAUUCUAUGUGGAUGAUGAAUCCAGAAGAUAUGGAUGAUAAUGUAGUUGCUAUUGCCAGUAUCAUGUAUUUGAUUGCUGAUUAUGAUGGACCCAUUCCAAAAGAUUGA